AUGGUGGCACCGGCUCGCCUGGCGGUGAAUGUUCAGUCGCAGAAGGUACAUUUGCGAGUCACCUCGCCAUCCGGACAAAUCAGCAAGUGGUAUGAUGGCACUGAUGAGGCCACGUUCACUGGAGUAACUGAGGAACCGGGUAAUAAUUUAAAGCAGUUUUCUCAAGGCAUAUAUGAAAUCUGUGCAACAACAACAGUUAAGACGGGUCAGUUCGUACGGUUGGCACUAAUAAUACACGUGCAAGAUCAGAGUUUGUUGAGCAGCUACCAUGAAAGGUAUUUGGCCCAAAAAAAUUUGGAAAACAACGUUAAGGUGAACGAUUUUCUUCUUGAUAUUCUUCUGCCAAAAUUCACAUAUUCAACAAAUGCAAGUACCGAGCGACAAGGAUAUUUGUUGCAACUAACAACAUAA